AUGGCAAAGGAUAAAAUACUUUCUGCUAAGCUUAAGUAAUAGGAAUUCAAAACCAAAUCGACUUAAUUGAAGACUUAAAAAAUAGCUUAAUUACUUGAACCUUAGUUUUAAUAGAGUGUAGAAAUAGAUGAUGAAAGACCUUUAUUAAAGAUUUCUAAUUUUAAGGAUUAUUUACCUGAGGAGAAUGUGCAAAAUGUAGAACUUAUAUCAUUAAAACAAGAUCAUCAAUCUUAAAUUAAAAUCAGGGCCAUAUAAGCUUUCAAUGACACCUUAAACCACAUAUUUGGCAGGGGAAUCUGGUCAUAUUGCUGCUUUUAAUUGGAGACACAAAUAAUUAGAAUGUGAAUUCGAUGUUAAAGAGAAAUGUUAUGACAUAAUUUCUAUUGCCCAAAGAAAUUUUGCAGUAGCCCAAAAAAGUUGCAUCUUCAUUUACGAUCCAAAAGGAGUUGAAGUCCAUAAAAUUCGAGAAUGCAAAUAAGCCACCAAGCUAGAGUAUUUGCCCUAUCAUUUUUUAUUGGCUGCACUCAACUAAAAUGGAUAAUUGACCUAUUAGGAUAUAACUUAAGGGAAAAUAAUAUCAAGUAAAAUAUUGAAAGAUUAUAGCAUAUAGAACUACGCCAUCACCAUUAUGUUUAAAAUAAAAUAACAACAAUGCAAUAUUAGGAAUAGGAGAUCAAAUGGGAGUCGUAAGAAUGUAUGCUCCUAAUACUGGGACUUCACUUACAUCCAUGUUGUGUCAUAAAGGAGGAGUGAUGUCGAUGACUUUCUCUCGGGAUGGCAAUCACUUAAUUACAUCUGGAUCAGAAGGAACAGUUAAGGUCUGGGAUCUGAGAACUUAAAAAUUAUAAUCUCAAGUUGCUGUCAAUGCAACUAACUUGGCAUUAAGUGAUAAAGGAGUUUUAGCAGCAGGGAGGGGAACAGAUGUCAUUAUGUGGAAGAACUGUUUGCUUGGCGACUUAAAAACACCCUAUUUAAGAUACAAGGCUUCCUCAAUGAUUUGUGAUAUUGAUUUCAUCAAACAUGAAGAUUAUUUAGCGAUGAGCACCUUCGAUAGUUAUGAACAAACAGUAGUACCAGAAAGUGGUGAACCAUUUUUUGAUACAUAUGAAUAACCUGAAUUAUAAAAUAAAAAACAAAGGUUAGAAACCAAUGUUAGAUAACUGAUUGAAAAAGUAUAUUAUAAUGAGAUUAAUUUUAUAGUUGCCACCAGAGUCUAUUUCUCUUUAAUCACAUAGAAUUGGUACAAUUGAUAGAACUUCAAAAAUGAUAAUUGAAAAAGAACAAAAAAAAUAAAAUGAAGAGCAGGCAUCAAGAAAGAUAAAGAAACAAAAGAAAAAGAUGAGAGGAAGGUAUGAAUUUUCAUAUAAUUAUCCUAGAAACAAAAUUGGAAAGAGAGAGAAACUCAAGGAAUUGGAGAGAGAUUAAAAAUAAUAAGUCAAAUGGUAAGAAAUGUUAUCGGAUGCUCUAAGGGUUAAAAGAGCUGAGAAAGAAAAGAAGAAGUUUGAAACCAAAUUAUUAGAUAGAUUAGAAUAGAUUUCAAGCAAAGAAUUUAUUAGAGUAGUUUCUUGA